CAGUUUGUUGUUUCAAUGCCGAUGGACCGACCAAAUCAAAAAAAAAAAAAAGUAUUAAAGGAUGUUUAUAUACUCAAAGUCAAGGUUUUUAAAAUUAGUAGCAACUUAAAUUCGUGCUGAGUGCGUACCAGAUGUAUUCUUUCAGACAGCUUAAUUUUUAUGAAUGUAUAAGUUCAGUACAAAUGAAGUUUUCUACAGUCGAAAUGUUUCAAUGAUGAACUUCAUUUAGUAAAAUAGUGUUUAUCCUUGCUGCUUAAUUGUGUGUCUCCCUACGCUAGGGCAUGUGCAAGCUCAGAUUUUAACUUUGAACAUAAAGCAGAAUUUCGCGGUAAAUGAAUGUAUCUUCUAGUCAAACUUCGUGAUAUUACAUCUCAUUCAUAAAUUAAAGUUAAUAUGGUUUCUUCACAUAAAGAAGAUGAUGAAUUACCGGAUAAAAAUGUUGCUAGAGAUUUUUAUGCAAAAUAUGAACCUAAAGAAGUCCUGGGCAGGGGUGUGAGUAGUACAGUUCGACGAUGUGUCGAAAAAGAUACUGGUAGAGAAUAUGCAGCUAAAAUUAUUGAUAUCAGUGCUGAUGUAGACGAUUCAUCUGGAAGUUUGAGAGAAGCUACCCUGCGAGAAAUUGCUUCUUUAAAAUUAGUUGCUGGGCAUCCUUUCAUUAUUGAACUUCAUGAUGUUUUCGAAUCAUCAACAUUUAUCUUCCUGGUCUUUGAACUAUGCAAGAAUGGUGAGCUGUUUGACUAUUUAACAAACGUUGUUGCCUUAUCAGAAAAAAAGACAAAGCUUGUGAUGAAACAGUUGUUUGAAGCUGUUGAAUUUAUUCACUCAAAAAAUGUGGUUCACAGAGAUUUGAAGCCAGAAAAUAUAUUAUUAGACGAUAGCUUCAACAUCAAAUUGACUGAUUUUGGUUUUGCUCAAGUUGUAUCCCCUGAUGAGAAGUUAUUUGAACUGUGUGGCACACCUGGAUAUUUAGCUCCUGAACUACUCAAGUCUUCCAUGUAUGAAAAUGCUGAAGGAUAUGGCAAGGAAAUUGACAUAUGGGCAUGUGGUGUUAUCAUGUAUACUCUUUUGGUUGGAUUUCCUCCGUUUUGGCACAGAAAGCAGAUGAUUAUGUUAAGAAAUAUAAUGGACGGGAAAUAUGAGUUUUGCAGCCCAGAGUGGGAUGACAUUACAGAACUGCCAAAAGAUUUGAUUAGAAAGCUUUUAGUUGUUGAGCCUUGUAGAAGAAUUAGUGCAUCCCAAGCAUUAUCACAUGAUUUCUUCAAAAUUGUUCAAGCGAAAGGAAGAGUAUUUAAUGCUCGUAGAACAUUUCAGUUUGGAAUUUUAUGUGUUCGAGCUGUGAUUAGAUUAAAAAGACUUAAAUAUACUCCUGAACCACUAUCCAUUGAUAUAGCUCAAAUGGAUCCUUAUCGGGUCAAAACUCUUAGAAAAGUCAUUGAUGGCUGUGCAUUUAGAGUGUAUUGUCAUUGGGUUAAGAAAGGUGAAAUGCAAAACAGAGCUGCCCUUUUUGAAAAUAGACCAAGGACUGAAAUGAAGAAUUUGUACAAUGAAGCUUUAAAACUUGUUGUAACGACUUGAAUUUUUUAAACAUAGUGAUAUUUUCCUCAAUCCUUCUAUAAAAAGUAAAGUUAAUGAGUUAGCCUAUACUUAAAAAAAAUAAGACUUUAGGUUUGUUGAAAUAUCCCUUGAAUUUCUUAUGACACCAGAAAGAAUUGGUUUCUUAAUGGUUAAUAGACUUCUAGCUACUUUUGCCACGAAAGCAAUAUUUAUUUAUUGUAUAUAAAAAAGAUUGUUAAUAUUGUACAUAUGUUAAAUUCUAUUUAAAAAAAUUAUGUGAUGUGCAAUUAAUGCUGUAAAUGUUGCUUGUUUUUCAUUGUCAAUAUUUUUAACAAACAUUUUAAUUGUUAUUCUUUCUUAAUAUUUUGAAGUAUGUUUUUCAGUUGAAUUACCGAACAUUUCCUGCAGUUUAUUUACUUUAGAUUUUUCAAUCUGAGUUAGUAGUUACAUCUUCAAUUUUAGCUUUUCUUUUGAAAGUUAUAACUUAAUUAUUUCAUUCCCCUCUUUUUUUCGUUUUUUAAGACCUAUUAUUUAACUUUUGUUAGUAAAAGAAUCAUAUUCAUACUUUUGUUUCUUAUUUAAAAGAUGUCACAUUUUGCAGUAUUAAACUUUCUGAUGAAGUUUUCUUGCACAAUCAUUUUUUGUGACUUGCCCAAAAUUUGCAGUUUUUAUUCCUUCUCUAGUGGAAAAAAUUAUUGAAAAAGAAAUCUUGAUUAAAAUACUACUUAAUUUUGUUGUCUGAGCCUUUAGUUUUCCUUCUGUACUUUUUUCAUAGUUUCGACCAUUGUUUUAGAAAGUGUUAAAUUUUUUAAACUAUUUAUUUUCAAAACAAGUUUCCCAUGCCAAAUGUUGAAGUUUUAAUGUUUA